CAUCCAUCCACAUCCAUCCAUCCAUCGAUUCAUCGAUUCAUCGAUCCCACUUCAUCAACCCUACUUGCCUCUUCAACCACAUCUCUUUCUUUUUUUUCGUCCUCUCCUUGCAAACUCACUCUGCACACUCACUCUCCACACACAGCCAUGGACUCACACCCGCCGGAACACCACCCUCACCGCUGGCUCCUCCUCUCAGUACCACUCCUCGUCUUCCUCUACUUUGCUCGCGAAUACCCGCAAUGGAGAGCUGAGCGGCUACUCCUCCAAAACCAAUCACGCGACAAGAAUCCCGACACCACCCAACCCAACAACACCGCCGCCACCACUGCCGAGUCUUCAACCACAGACACUUCCCAAUCCUUAGCACCAUGGCCCGACAAAUUCUCGGCAAGAUGGAUACCCUAUCUCCCAUUCGCUGUCGUCUACCUCGCCCUCAAGGCCCUCUGGACCGGUCUCCGAUUCCUUGUCCUUCACUCCCUCCUCGCCGCUGAAUAUCUGGGUAUCUUCCUGAUGGGAGCUAUCGAGGAACUCACAACCUGGACCUUUCUUCACGGCCCGGAUUUCGUACGGAACAAAAUCCUUGCACCCCUCCACGCCGUCGCUGUUGCAGUUUCGAAAUCCCCGGCCGUUGUAGCCAUUGCAGCCUCAAUCGAGAACACUCUCAUCCCCGCAGUCGUAAGGGCCGCCAAUUCUUGUUACUCGACACUCAGCAUCGCCACUGUGAGGCUCAUCACUUGGAUCCGAGCAGUAGCGGAGCCUGCGCGUUCUGCGCUAGAAUGGUUUGCGGUUGAAUGUAUCUACAACCCAUUAAACGCUCUCUGGGUACGACUCGCAGUCCUCGGCAACACCUUUCUCCAGACCGCCAAGAUCUAUCUCCACGAAUUGGCAAAGGAUGCUCGGGACCUUGGCUGGGUGGUUGUAAAAGUCGCGACCUGGAUCUGGGCACGGACACUGCAGCCAUUGGGAAAGAAUCUUUACGCAUUGGGAGAAUGGGCCAUGGGAGCCUUGACACGAUUCGUACCCUGGCUGGCUCAAAAGGUUUACACAGGAGUGCUUCGACCGACGGGGAUGGCUGUUCUGGAUGGCUUCAGGAUCCUGCGAUCGCACCCGACAUUCUUGGCGGGGAUCCAUGCAUUGUCGUCCAAGGUCAAGGAGAAAUGCACUCUUGUGCUGCAGCGGCUUGAGAGUGUCAAUUGGUUAGUUCUCUUGGAGACGGUCUUGACAAAAACCUUCACGACGCUUUACCACUACACCACGAUCGGUUUGCAGUUGGUCGGACAAGGAAUCAAGGUGUUUGCGAUGGACAUUGUUCCAAACGCUUAUAACGAUCUUAUGAUGGCACUCGAGGUCGCCCGUCCUGUCGUCGCGUGGGUCAUCGACAAGUUUGUGAAGAUCACCUAUCCCCUUUGGCAGGCCGUCUCGUGGAUCUCGUGGACAGUCUAUACGAAUUCGCGACCGACUCUUGCUUGGUUGAAUCAGAGAGUUGUAUUGCCGUCGGUGAAGUUGUGGGAGGCUAGGAUCUUGCCUGGAUUGUCCUACGCCGCCAUGAUGGUCCUUAUGCAGACGAAGGCGGCGACAGAUAUGAUCUUGAAGGUAGCACCAGGGAUCGCUACAGCUAUCGCACCGGUCUGGGGUGCUGUUCUCAAGCUAGUGGAGAUGCUGCAGGGCAUGCUUGGCCAGAUGUUGUCACAGAUUGUUUACCUAUCUGGAGGAUUGGGAGAGCGGAUUCAGGAACGCGUCAAGAGCAUGGCACCGCAGUUUGAGGUGUUUAAGGAGCGGACUGGCCAAGCGAUGGAUGAGGUUGUUCUCACGACGUCGAAUCUUAUGAUGGAUUGGGUCAAGAAGGAAAAACGCGACUGAUCCAUCAUUGAAAAAGAAAGAAAUAAACACCUUUUUUUUUAUUGCGAAAA